CAGCCCCCAGCAUUUCUUGCGCCAGAUCUCAUCCUUCUGCGCUAUAAACUCACCUACAUAGAUUUUGCGCCCUUCUUAGGACGAGAACUCAUAAGCACUGACGAAGAAUUCUGAGUCGAGUCCCUCCCUCUUUGCCAUCUUCUCAGAAUUACCGUGCUUCAUUCCAAAUUUCACUCGACCACCCUCUUUGAACAAUUAAAUUGGCAACCAUGAGCGGUCUCCAUGAUCCAAAAGCACACUUCAUUUUGGUCCCUCUAGUAGCGGCUCAAGGCCACACGAUCCCCAUGCUCGACAUGGCCCGUCUCCUCGCCGAGCGUGGAGCUCGUGUCAGCUUCAUCACCACUCCCGUCAACGCCGCCCGAAUCAAGCCCAUCAUCGACCGGGUGAAGGAUUCGCACCUACCAAUCCAAUUCGUCACCCUUCCCUUUGCUUGCGCAAAAGCCGGCUUGCCCGAUGGAUGCGAGAACUUCGACCUCCUCCCUUCCACCGAAUACGUGAAGGCCAUGUUCGAAGGCACAAGCGUCCUUCAAGAACCCCUGGAGCUCUUCCUCCGAGAGCUACGUCCCAAGCCCAACUGCAUGAUCGCCGACAUGUGCAAUCCGUGGACCAUGGAGGUGGCUCGCAAGCUCCGAAUACCGAGGAUCAUCUUCCAUGGGCCCUCCUGCUUCUACCUUCUGUGCCAACACAACAUCGCCCUGCACAGCGUCUACGAGCGCGUCGCCGAUGACUUCGAGCCCUUCCUCGUGCCAGACUUGCCUCGCCAGGUCCAGGUGAACAAAGCCCAGGCGCUGGCGUUCGCCACCGGGCCUGAGUGGGCCAACUUUAUGCAUCAGUUGGCGAUGGCGGAGUCAACGGCUGAUGGCAUUGUGAUCAAUAGUUAUGAUGAUUUGGAGCCUUGGUACAUCGAGAACUAUCAGAAGGCCAAGGGGAAGAAGAUUUGGACCAUCGGACCGCUGUGUCUCUGCAACAAGGAUGUGACAAGUAAAGCGACAAGGGGGAACAAGGCGUCCAUGGACGAGCAUGCUAUUAUAAAAUGGCUCGACACCAUGGAACCAAGUUCUGUUAUCUAUGCUAAUUUUGGCAGUGCCGCGCGCGCGCCCCCUUCACAGCUUAUCGAGAUCGGAUGCGGUCUUCAGGCGUCGAACCAGCCAUUCAUCUGGGUGGUCAAGGAGGCCGAAUUAACCCCCGAGAUAGAGAAUUGGCUGUCCGUGGAAUUGGAGGAGAGCACAAGCUCGAGGGGUCUUGUAAUUAGAGGGUGGGCUCCGCAGAUGGUGAUCCUGUCGCACCCGGCGGUCGGAGGAUUUUUGACACAUUGUGGGUGGAAUUCAAUAUCGGAGUCGAUCUCAGCGGGCGUGCUGAUGAUAACAUGGCCUCAGUUUUCUGAUCAAUUCUUAAAUGAGAAAUUAAUUGUGGAUGAAUUGGAAAUUGGAGUCGCUGUCGGAGUGAAGGUGCCUACCAGCCAUGUAAGUGAGGAUGGUCCUGUGGUGGUAGGGAGAGAUGAUGUACAGAAGGCGGUAUCGAGGUUGAUUGAUGACGGGGAGUGUGGCAAAGAGAGAAGAAUGAGGGUCAAGGAGCUGCAGGAGAAAGCUACGAAGGCAAUGGAAGAAGGAGGGUCAUCCUAUGUGAACAUGACACGCUUGAUCCAAUAUAUCAUUGAGAAUACAAAUGAGGAGCUCUAGAUUGAUUUGAUUUUGUGAGAGUUUUACUAUUUCAAGAUGCAAGCUUGUUUGUUAUAUAUGUGUAUGUUAGAGCUUUUAUUUUGUUCGCAUCAUUUACCUAUAUAUAUGGUUGUCCACCAGUAAGUGCAACAUUAAUCAAAGCUUUUUUUACCCAAA